AAUAUAUAGAAAUUACUAACCCUCAAGCUGACGAGACUUGGAAAGGUUAACAAGGGAUAAUUCUAGUUCAUGAUCGACGAACCCAAAAGGCAACCUUGAAGCCCUUUUUAUUUUACCUUACCAGUCUCUUCUAUACGUUCUAUAUGUAAAAGAAGCUACGGAGACACACCAACAUAUAUUAAUUGGUUCCUCUUCAACCUAAAAGCAACUCACACACCAAACUUCUGGAAUAAUGGAAAUUACCAAGCAUGCUAAUCGGUCUUAUGAAGAUUUUGAUCCUUUGUUUAUGUGGCGCAGAGAAGAGGGCCGUGACACCCUUGAACUUCACCUUCCAGGUUUUAGGAGAGACCAAAUAAGAAUUCAGAUAAACCAUGUUGGUUUGUUGGUAAUAAGUGGGGAGCGUCAUUUCGAAGGAAAUAGAUGGAAACGUUUCAAGAAAGAAUUCGAAAUUCCAUCACACUGCAAUGACGAUGCAAUUCAUGGCAACAUGAUGCAGAGCAUUCUUUCGGUGGUGAUGCCAAAGAAAAGUCCUCAAAUUAACCAAGAGGAUCAGCAAGAACACAAGAAAGAGAAAAGGGCAAAUAAAAAAGAAGAAGCUGAAACCUCAACCAAAGAGGCAAUAGCUGAAGAAGAUAUGGCUCAUGCAGAAGAGUACCAGCAGUUUGAAGAAAAUUAUAAUCACGUGGGGCCGUUACCACAGGAAACUACUAGAGAAGUUGCCCUAAAAUUCAUGCUUGUGAUGGUUCUGAUAUUGGUUAUAGCAAGUUACCUAGCAGAUGUAAGCAAAAGCCUCAUGGCCCAAGGUGCUUCAUAUUUUCACAAUUAGAGACCAGGAUCUUUGGUUCUGGUUUAAUUAAGGUGAUUGCGUUGUAAAUUUUAAUGAUGCGAACAAGGAGAAAGUUGUUGUGUCAGAAUAAUUUAUUUGGCGGAAUUGAAGUUUGGCGUGGCCUAUUAUUGCUUGUUUAA